AGCCAUGAUUCCAAACCUUAAAGGCUGGGUGCAGGGCAUAUCUGCACACACGGGCAAACGAGAACAAAGUAACAUGCUGAUUUACAGACUCUUUCAUGAUCGGAAACGCACACGUGUAUAAUAAACUGUCCCGGUUUGCAGCGUUGUUAAAAGUUAUCCUGCGAUCCCACUGGUGGGAGGCUUUUUUAAGGACCGGUGGGGGCAGGGCGGCAGCAAGGGAGGGGGGGUGAGACUGUCCAUUUGCCUUUUAUAGCUGCCCACUCCAGUUAGUAGCAAGAGAGAGAGAGAUCUGGGCACCAACAUAAUGGGGUGGGGGGACAACAGCAAAGACUGGACUGACCACUGGACGCACACAUACGCAAACACACACACACAAACACACUGAGACCUUGUUGAGGGAGCAGGCAUGAGGUCGCUUUGUUGUUUGAACAAUGUUCUCGACCCCAGAGGCACACACGUGUUUGUGUGUGUGUGUGUGUGUGUGUGUGUGUGUGUGUGUGUGUGUUGGGCAUUUGGGGUUGAUUAAAGUGGAACAGCACUGAUGUAUUUUUUUUUGUUUUUUUACAAACUCAAAUGUUUCAUUAAUGCAAAUGAAUAUAUCCCAGUAAUUGUCACAUGUCAGACAUGUAUGAGUGAGAAGAAUAACAGCAGGAGAGUGGGGGAGAGAAAACUAAGUGUAAUCAGUGUGUGAACAACUGAGACGGCGAUUCAGCUGUUUUUUUCUCUCUCUGCGUGCACUCAGGAUUGAGAAAGGACAAGUGAGGGAGAGUGUAUACAAGCUUGUGUGUCUGAGUAGGAGAGCUAGAGAGUAAGACAGAGGGAGACAGAGAGAGAGAGAGAGCUUUAGCCUGGCUUUUCUCUGCUGUGCUUUCCAGCUCCUCUCUCACUGUAGAAAAGAGGCGUGUCCAUGGACCAGUAUAAAGUCCAAGGAGAGCCACUCGUGUUGAGCCAUUCUUAGGAGCGAGUCCUUUACACUGCACACCGGCAAGAGGAGGAAACUGCAGCUGUUACUUAAAACGCUGCCUUUCGAUGACCUGCUUUGCAUUUGGACACUUGUAGACCAGAUUUUUUUUGGGUGUUUCGUUAGCGGUUCGGGGCGAGCCUCUGGACUCAAACUCGAAGAGAGAGCAAGACUCACCUGAACACAGUGGUGGAUAUCCUUCCUGCAACUGUUCAUUCCAACACAACAAAAAAAACUAGUUCUUAUCACCACUACAUUCGCCGGCCGAGCAGAUCACGAGCAGGCUCCAAUUUCUGCGCUGUGAAAUUGAAUCAGAGGAACGGAGAGGCAAUACAGCAGAGGCAUUGUGUCCCUGCAAUUGAAACACUAACCAGCUGAAAAUAUCAAAGACCAUCCUGGACAAAGCGUUCCUCUCCAGCCUCUCUUGUUGCUCUAAAAAUCUGCUGUUGAAGUAGAAAGUGAUCAAAAGCUGCACAACACUCAGAGGAGAGGGAAGCCAAAGGGGAGCAUACACGAGGGCAAAGGAUUUGCGUGCAGGUGCCGGGGGCUGCCAUGGUGCGUGGAAGUGGUGUGGCAGUAGCUCCGUCCUGCUGGGGCCUUUGGGCAUUCGGUGCCCUGUCGCUGGUGGCACUGUGCUUGUCGGACCAGGCCAUCCGUUGCCCGCUGUGCUCCGAGGAGAGGCUGGCCAGCUGCCGUCUGCCGGACGGCUGUGAGGAGACGGUGCGGGAGCCCGGCUGCGGCUGCUGCCCCACCUGCGCCCUGGCAAAAGGGGCGCACUGUGGCGUCUACUCGCCCCGAUGUGGCACGGGCCUCCGCUGCUACCCGCCGCGUGGCGUGGAGAGGCCACUGCACUCGCUGAUGCACGGCCAGGGGGUGUGCACUGAUGAGAGAGAGGUGGAGGAGAACUCAGCAAUGGAGAGGCAGGAUGAGAUCAUCCCUGAACACCCGAACAACAGCAAUAUCCGGUGCAGUCCACAGGACAAGCGCUGCAUACAGAAGACCCUGGCCCGACACCCUCCAAAAUCCACAAAUCAGAGAAGCAACACCGCCAGGGAGGAGACCAAGGCGGCGCUGGCUCCAUGUCGUGCUGAGCUACAGAGAGCGCUGGACAGGUUGGCGUCAAAUAGCCGCACACAUGAUGAUCUCUUCACGAUCCCCAUACCCAACUGUGACAAGAACGGAGAUUUCCACGCCAAACAGUGUCAUCCUGCACGUGACGGCCAGCGGGGAAAGUGCUGGUGUGUGGAUCAGAAGACGGGCAUGAGGCUGCCGGGCCCGCUGGAGCUGCGAGGGGAUCUAGACUGCCACCAGUUAAUGACUGCUACCCUGAGGGAUUGAGGAGUGGGAGUGGCAGUGGGGGUGCAGGACCAGUUGAAUUCUACUGGUGCUUAUUAGUAGAACUACACGAGGAAAGGACUUCGCUCUAAAGCCUCGUUUCACCUGAGGCCAACGGUACAUGAGCCUGCGCAACAAAAAGGAAACCAUUGAAUUGAGUUCUUUUGCUAUUUUGUUUCUGUGUGUGAGAGUAUGUGAUCUCUGAGUCUUUUGAGCACUUGUUGUGUAUUGUUUCUACUAUGUGAACUGAAGACUGAUAGUCUUUAGACACAUGCGCUUUAAAGUUACAGGUGGCAGAAAAAAAAACCUUCCACAGAGAACAGUUGUAAUUGUGAUCUUUGUUAGAGAGCGAAAUGUGUUGUUUUCUCGAGUCUAACUUCAGUAGAAUAUUCUUGAAAAGUCAGAAAAUGCAUCAACCCCACCAGAUAAUCAGACCUGAGAUACAACAGGAGCUGUUAGCAUUUGUUUUAUUCUCUCUGGAGUACUAGAUCAAUUGGAAUUACUGCAUCAGGACAAUCCAGAUAGAUUAUCAAUUAAAGGAUUCGUGUACUAGUUUUUCACACAAUUUGUGUAAUUAGUUGUAACAUGUGGCUCUUAUUCUACUGUCCUUAAUGUCGUAAAAACCACCCAUCUGGUAAGAAGGUCAAAACAAAGCACAAAAUGUGUUUGCAAACACAAAGUCUAGUUCAGCGACGACACAAGAGUAGCAAUAAAUCAUGGGAUGAGCACAGCUGAAAAAAGAAACGGGAAACAAAAGAAUGCAACAAUCCCCUGCCUUCGUUACCAAAUGAUAAGCCAUAGCUUUUCACAAAAGUGGAAAGUGAGAUUAGUUUGAACAACUGUAUCUCUGAAAGGCCAGAAUAGAUUUGCUCCAUCGCCCCCGUGGCUAACUCUGCUUCCUCUCUUCGCCGAAGAGCUCUCUCUAGCAUCGCGGUCCAGAGGGACUGGCAGCAUAGCGGGGCAGGAAAAACUCUGUACACUGCUGAUAGGAUAAUCUUAUUUCUCCAGCUGGUGCUAAAAUGCCAGUGUGACUUUCAUGUUUUUAUGAAUAUGCUUCAACAUACAGGAUUUCUCUCCAAGCAGACUGCUUGGCAGAACUUUGGUGGUGCUAUAUACUGAUUGUGCCAAAAUACAAAAGAAAAAUGGCUUCUGCACUUUUUUGGGCAUUGUUUAGGAUUGGAACAGACGACUGGGAUUUUCAGGAUGUGGAGUAAUUAGCAUCAGCAAGUGUCAGGAUCGACUAAAUGUGUGACCAUCUGCACUAGCUAUUGGCGAAGGCCGCUUUCAAUGUGUGUUUUCAAUGUUAUUGCUAAAAUAUAAAAGUAACAUCCCACAUUGGCGCUGCAGCUAA